AUGGGCAUUGGUACCAUUGUCGGUUCAGCCGUCUUCAACCUCCUGGUCAUCAUCGGUGCUUCUGCUGUGGCUGCGGGAUCGGCUUUGGCUCUCUCGCCAAAGGUUCUGCUGCGAGACAUGGUGGUCAACGUGCUCGCCUUUGGCUAUCUCAUGGCCAUCUUCUCGGAUGCCGCCAUCUCGUGGUGGGAGGCCGCUAUCGGCCUUGUCCUCUACGCCAUUUACCUCACGUGCCUCCUUGCCUCGGCUUCCAUCGCCAGUCUGACCCUGGCUCUGGCCCCGACCGCGUGCGCCUGGCUUGAGCCGUACGCACACCAGAGCCCGGCGCCGGGUUCACUUGCUGCUGCUGCCAUGGCGGCGACUGAUGGCGACGGGCGUCGCGCCGAGCGUGCGCGGCUGCUUUCACUCGCAGAUGAGGAGGAGAACGAGAUGUGGUCAGACGGUCCAGCGCUUCGGCCGCGGCUUGACUCGUGGGGUGGCGACGGGCUGCUCACAGACGACGCCAUCGACGAGGCCCGCGCGUUUCCGCUCUUGCCGCCAUCUCUGGAUGCGCUGUGGACCGACAAUGUUGACGGCGACGGCGAGUGCGACGAGCAGGAGCAGCAGGAGGAAGAAGCCGACGAGAGCAGCGGCAGCAACAACGGCGAGAUUGAUCCGGUCGCUCGGUUCGGCUCGGUCUUUGCCGCCGCCGCCCGAGCCUCGACCCCGCCUCCCCCGCUGCGUUCUGCGCCUGUUGGCCGGCUGGAGGAGCCUUCGCUCGAUGUGCUGUACUUUGGCGAGGAUUUUGAUGGUGAGCUCGGCCUCAGCGACGAUGUGGCCGAGGCCGGGCGACCUCCGCGGCUCUCGAACCUGGCAGUCUAUGCCGAUUCCGAGUCGAGCAACGAGUCGACGUCGCCGGACUUGGGCGGCUACUCGCGGACGCGUGAGUCUGAACAGCUGCGGGUGGCUCGGCGGCGGUGCGAGGGCGCGCUCACCGCGGUUGUGUGGACUCCGCUGGAGCACCUCUUCCGAUACACCAUCCCUCCGCCGCGAGGCAACCUGGUUGUCCUCACCUUCCUCUGUUCGUUUGCCUGGCUUGCGCUCAUGAUAUACGGCGUCUCUGCCUUUGCAGCGCGCAUUGGAUGCAUGUUACACAUCUCACAGGAGACGUUGGGCCUCACUGCUCUGGCUAUCGGGACGUCGAUGCCGGACGCGCUGUCGUCGGUCUUUGUGGCGCGACAGGGCCAUGGCACGAUGUGUGUCUCCAACGCGAUGGGCUCGAACGUGUUUGACAUCCUUGUCGCGCUCGCUCUUCCAUGGUUCCUCUCGGCUUUGAUGGGCGAUCCGGUUGUGGUCAACACGAGCGACAUGCGGGUUUUUGCGCUCUUUUUCUUUGCGUCGCUCGCUCUGGUGGUGGCGGUGUUGGCAGCGGCGCGGUGGCGGCUGCACUGGGUCGGCGGCGCGGUGCUGCUUGCAGCAUACGGCGGCUUUGCGGCGUUUGUCGUGGUUCGGCCUGACCGGGAGUGA